UACCUUCUGCACAGCAUGCAACGCGUUGUACACAUUAUGAGGAAAUGGAAGAAUCUAAAAGAUACAUUUAAAAAAGAGGUUCAUAAAUAUGAGAAAUCGGGAUCAGCAAUGAUAAAAAAAGCAAAAUAUUGUUAUUUUGACAAUCUGUCAUUUUUGCAACCUAAUUUCGACGGAAGAUCUACCUCAGGAAACAUGGCACAUGAAAAUGAUAAUUCGGUUGAAGAAAUCAAUGUUAUAGAUAACCUCGAUUCACCGACGGCUUCAGACCAGGCAAUGUCCCCCGGUGUCCCUAAUACUGCAGUGCCUAAACAGCCGAAGAAAAAACUAUCUGUGUUUCAAGAACACGUGUUGAACGCCAUAGAAAAAAGAAAUAACAAAGAAGAAGUUUUUGAUGGCAAUAAACAUUUUUUGCUUUCUUUGUUACCAGCGAUGAAGAGUAUGGAUGAUCAAAAUAAUAUGAAAUUCCGAAUAGAUGUCAUGCAACUCCUACAAAAAUAUACAACAAAUAACGAUAACCAAACUUCUCAGCCUUACUCAUCACAUCAACUUUAUACAACACCUCAGCCUUUACACACCACCUCAUGCCUUAUACACCACAUCAGCCUCAAUUUCAACCAUAUAAUAUACCUCUUCAGUCUUCAGCCUUACACUUACACGCAGCAAUCACUCGAAAACACGGUUAGAAAUCAAGAAUAUUCUAUGGCCAAUCAAAACACAAAUGAUAUAUUAUAAUAAUUUUUAUAAAUGCCAGCUAUAGCUGUAGGUACAAGAUAUAAAGUUAUUUUGAUUUGUUUUAUAUAUAAUAUAAUGAUCCAAUAAUUAUAAAAAUAUACAUACUUAAUAGUAA